AUGCUGGAAGUCAAACAGAGCUACCUCCCGCUCAUCAAGAGCCCGGUCCAAGCACGCAAAGAUUACCAGCCCACACGUCACGAUGAGAGCCCGCACGAGCACGACGACAGCAAGCCACUUUGCGACUCACCAUGCAGAUACAACACCUGCAUCCGUUGUCCAGACCUCACAUGGUACCAAGUCGGCAUGUACGACGUUCGCUUCGCCAUGGGCAGUGUCUUCGAAAGAGUGUGCACAGCGGUACAGUUCUUGGUCAUGAUGGGGUUUGCCAUCUGUACGCCGAACUUUCGUCUCGGAGAACAAGCGACUGGAGAGAAUGACGGAGAAGUCAAUACUGCCAUGAUCUAUCUCCGAGCGUUGACCAUUGUGCUUUGCAUCAGCCGGCUGGUCUUUGUGGUUCAAUACCUGCAGACGUUGUCUGCACUGGCAGUGAUCGCAGCUGUCUACUUUGUGGCGGCGAUGGUGUAUCUGGGGACGUUUUGGACGCUGCAGCUCGACGAGAAUGGAAAGAACCGCCCCUACAUCAUCUGGUAUACUUUCGCAGUCACCGAAACACUCGUAGUUACAGCCACAUCCUGCUACUGGCGCAACAUCAGCUUCGACGGCACGCAUUUGAUCGAGCGCAUGUCUCUCCUCACACUAAUCAUCCUAGGAGAGGGCGCUAUCGCAACAGCCAAAGCAUGCCAGUACGUCGUCUACGCGGGUUCGACUUUCUCCUUCAAAGGCUCUGUCGCGGUCGUCAUAUCCUGUGCAGUGCUGAACCUGUACCUCCUGUACAUGAUCUACUUCGACUGGAUCCACGAGGAACGCUUCGGCACCAUUCGUCAGCAGAUCUGGUCUAUUCUACACUUUCCGCUUCAUACGGCGUUGGUUCUUGCUGUGGAAGGUGCUUCGCAGUGUAUCACCUGGAUGGCCGCCACGAAUCGCAAGGAGCAACUGAUUGACGAAGUUAUCAAAUCGCGGAGCCAGCUUGUCCAGGCCGCCAACCCGACAGACGCUACCUGGCAUGCUGCCGCUCGAGAGUUGAACGCUACAGCGGAUAGUCUGCUGGUCAAGAAACUGCAGCGAGCUUCUGACUUCGCCAGCACGGUCGCAGGUCUUGGAUACUACACCCAGCUGAACGUUUCGUGCAUCCCGACGAUACAGAAUGGCACGAAUGAUCCUUAG